AUGCCAGCUGGAGCGAAGAAGCAGCCUGAAGAUGCAAUUAACACAUCCUCCUCUGUUUGGACUCAGAUCUUAGCACACAAUCCCGUCCCAUGGAUCCCCAUCGCUUUCGGUUUUGUCCAAGCCGGGUCCCGAGCUCCCCUGCCCAACACCAGUACCGCGCUGUAUGCUCACCUGUCUUUUCUGGUCUUCUACAGAUUGCUCGCUGCCUCCAAAACCGACUCGCUUUUACUCGGUUCAAGACCCUACAUGGUCGGAAGAGGCUACUUUGACUCGAUCGAAGUGAUGGUCAAGGAAAUGGAACGACAACACGUCGUCGACCGCUACAAAGUCUCGAAGCUACGGGCCCUAGAUGAAUCAUAUCGCUGCGAUGAGCCACAGCUUUGGUUUGAAGCACGACCGUCCUGUGAUUUGCAUCACUUCAAUGAAUCACCUCCCUCCGUGAACCCCCCAAGCGAAGUUGCUCCCGAACUGGCUCACUCACCGGAGGCCUCCUGGCAAAACCAUUUUACGAACCCUACUGGCCCUGAUGUCUGUCUCCUCCAGUUGCGCUGGCUGCCUCCCAGGCCCAUGAAAACCGACCAAGGAGACAAAGGACCGACUACUCGACAAGACAACACCAACGUCGUUCAGUUGUCUGAGCACGCCUAGUAGCUACAAAGUGUCUAAGUGAAAUGAAAACCCAACGCCUGUGCAGCGCAUGCAAAAACAUCAACCAGCCUGAAGUUAGCUCUGACAGAGAAAAUUCCUAGAGUCUCCACCCCCUUCUUUGUUCCUGCCGAGCUGGGCAUGCACUAUGUACAGUACCCUGUCAAUUAGUCAAUUCAGCGUUGGUCGAUUACCUUCUUUCCCAAACUCUGCUUAGCAGGCUUUCGUCUGGUGUGGUGAAGACAGCAAGCCAAAAUGCUCCGUGCCAUGUUGCGGACCCGGGUCAGGAAGAAGUGUACUCGUGGGCGGCGAACAAGUUUGAUGCGGAGAGGCUGUGGAAGCUGAGUGUUGUACUUCAGCUUCCCUAGCCCGUCCGGAAGCACGGAGCAUCUCAGAGGCUGGUAUGGUACAACUUCCUUUGGGUCACUCG